ACCCCAACACCCCCGCCCCGCUCUGAGACGGACUGCCUUUUUCCGUACUCGCAAUUCCAUCCAUGGCCUCCCCUCCCGGCCCUCACCCCCAACCCCACCGCCUCCUAGCCCACUAGCCUAGGGUUUCGGGCCCCGAGAUCGUCGUCGUCGCCGCCGCCGCCGCCGCCGCCGCAAUGUCUGCCUCGCCGGGGCAAGUCGUGAGCGAGGUCGGCAAGCGCCUCGCGCAGCCGCGCCUCGGCAAGGACGCCCUCGUCAAGCUCCUCAAGCAAGCUGAAAGUGCUUUAUCAGAGUUGAGUCAGUCCUCCUCUCUGCAAGAUGCUCUACGUCCUUUGAGUAAAUCACUGGUCCAGAACACUUUACUUAGCCACAAGGACAAGGAUGUCAGACUUCUUGUUGCUGUCUGCUUCAUUGAAGUUAUGCGAAUCCUUGCACCUGAUCCACCUUUUACUGACGAAAUAUUUAAGGAAAUAUUUAGGCUCUUCAUCAGCGAAUUUUCAGGGCUUGCAGACACCGGGAGUCCAUAUCUUACGAGAAGGAUGAAAAUAUUGGAGAAUGUUGCUGCGCUUAGAUGCUCUGUAAUUAUGGUUGACACUGGUUGUCAGGACUUGGUUCUUGAUAUGGCCAAAAUAUUCUUCUCGGCAGCAAAGCAAGGUCUUCAGCAAUGUGUGCACCAGGCUAUGCUAUCAAUAAUGACACAAAUAUUAAAUGAAAAAGUUACUCAGCCUCUUCUGGAUGUGAUUUUCCGCAAUUUAGUAAAAGAUGACAAGGGAGGAGCCCACAAGCUUGCUGUUGACAUCAUUCAAAACUGUGCUGAGAAAUUGGAGCACAUAGUUCGAAUUUUUUUGACAUCAUGCAUUUUGAGCAAGGAUGCACCGGUUAAUGAACACAGGAAGCUGCAUCAUAAAAUUAUUCUGGAAAUAUUCCAGUGCGCACCCCAGAUGCUUUUUGCUGUUAUUCCAUGCUUAACUCAUGAGCUCCUGAGUGACCAGGUUGAUAUCCGACUGGAGGCAGUGCACCUGAUUGGGAAGCUUCUUGUCUUCUCUAAUCUUCGCUUUGGUCAAGAAAACCAGAUAUUAUUUAUGGAAUUCUUGAAGAGAUUCUCUGACAAAUCUGCAGAAGUAAGAAUUGCUGCAAUUGAUGCAGCAAAAGCAUGCUACAUUGCUGCAUCAUCUGGAAAUGUAGCACAGAAUGUUCUCAAAUCUCUUGAAGGAAGGCUAUUGGAUUUUGAUGACAAAGUGAGGAUCCGAGCUGUUUAUGCAGUUUGUGAUUUAGCCAAAUCAAAUCUAAGCUCAUUUCCUUCUGAGUUGAUAUUACAAGCAGCAGAGAGGCUACGUGACAAAAAGAUAUCUGUCAGAAAGAAUGUAAUGCAUAAGUUGCUGGACCUGUAUCGAGAUUACUGUGAGAAAUGCUCCAAAGGAACUGCGGCAAUUAAUACUCACUAUGAACAAAUCCCAGCUAAACUUAUUGUUCUCUGUUUUGACAAAGAUUGUGAAUCUUUCAGGCCACACAAUAUGGGGCUUAUUUUUGCUGAAGAACUCUUUCCAUCACCACUUUCUCCAAAAGAAAGAGCAAUGCAUUGGGUUGAGUUUUUUUCUUAUUUCAAAUCACAACAUGUUAAGGCUUUGCAUGCCAUCUUUUCUCAGAAAAGAAGGUUGCAAAUGGAGAUGCAAGCAUAUUUAUCACUUCGAGCAAAGAAGGAAGAUUCUUCAGAUGAAAUACAGAAGAAAAUUUGUGCGUCAUUAAGGAAGAUGUCUGCUUCCUUUACAGAUAUCUCUAAAGUUGAAGACUGCUUUGAGAAUUUGCACCAGAUGAAGGAUAAUAACAUAUUUAAGGAUUUGACUGAAAUAAGCAAAGAGGGCACUACUUAUGCAACAGUUCGAUCAAUCAGAGAUUCAUUUCUCAAGAGAAUUGGUAACAAACACCAAAUUUACAGCUUCUGCAAAGAACUGUCUACAAAACUCUCGAAUUCACUAUUUAAUUGGGAGAUGAUUUGUGCCAUUUUGGAGGUUCUUUUCUCCUGCAGAAAUGAAUUAACCCAUUAUGCAGAGUCUGCAUGUGAUCUUUUACUGCUAGUUGCAAUGGCGUUUCCAUCAUUAUUCAGAGGCUCAGAGGAGUACUUGCUAAAGUUGUUCACCGAAGACUCAGUCCUGAUAAAUGAGAAGAGUCUCAAAAUGUUGGCAUAUUUGGCAAAAUCACCGUGUAAUUUAUCUAUUAAUUUCAGUAGUGAUGUCUACCUCUUACUGGAGCAAAAGUGUAUUGAAGGAACACGUGCUGAAUCAAAAUAUGCCAUUUCUGCAAUUGCUUCACUGAUCCAGUCUCCAGAUGACAAGAAAUUUGCCAAAUUAUGUAAGAAAGUUGUUGGUGGUCUACAUGAUAGUCAUAAUAUCCCAACUCUAUUACAGUCGUUGGGCUUAAUAUUGGAGUAUUCUCCUUCCAUGUAUACAUCAUAUGACGACCAAUUUAUCAAUUUUGUUCAACGUGUUUUUGUCUCACCUGAGUUUGUUUCAACUCCGGAACUGUCACCCUCCAAUGAAAAUUCUGCAUGCAGUUUCUCUUGCAAACUGAAGAUUUAUUGUCUCAAAGCACUUGUCAAAAGUUGUUUACCAACAACUACUGCCCGUGAUCGAAUUGAGAAUUUCUUGAAGAUGCUGUUAGAUAUAAUUCGUGAAGAAUUCACGCCCAUUACUAUAUGUGAAAAUGAUAAGCCAUAUCUUAGACUGGCCGCUGGGAAAUCUGUACUACGACUAGCUACAAGAUGGGAUUCACUCAUUUCUCCAGAAUUAUUUCGCACUGCCCUUCUCAUGGCCAGGGAUUCUUCAUAUAUUGUUCGCAAGUCAUUCAUUCACAAACUUUUUGGCCUUUUGAAGAAGCAUGCAAUACCUGUUAGAUAUGCAUGUGCUUUUGCAUUGGCAUCAACAGAUUGCGCUGGAGAUGUUCGUACUGAAUCACUUAGGUACUUAACUGAAGUGGUAAAAGAGCAAAGAGGAGUUUCUGUUCAUCAGAACAAAACCAGCAAUGACUCGAUUGUAGAGCACCCAGCAUAUGCUGUCCUUUUCUUGAUCCAUACGCUUGCAUGUGAUGAGGAGUUUCCUUUUAACUUUUGUGAAAAGGAGUCUGGCUCUGCUGAGUUUUGGAGCCCACUUAUUGUGAUGUUGAGAGAGCUAGUUGAAAUAGAGGAUCUGAGCCAAACCAAGCAUGGCUCUGCCACCAGCUCUGUAUCCAUUCUUUUGGGCAUCUUUCGUGCUGUUCAAAAGGCUGAGGAUGUGAUUGAUUCUGACAUCACUCAUAAACUGCACAUUCUCUCAAAAAUUGGUUUGCUUAUGGUAAAAGAACUUGAUAAGCAUUGCAAGACAUCAGAUUCUCCACGCCAUAUUCUCCUGCCCUCAUCUUAUUAUAGGUUGUCUCGGAGUGAGAGAAAAGCGGAUGAAUGCUGCCAACUAGAUUUAAUUACUGAUACUUUUGUGAAGAGAAUUCUAAAAGCUCAUGAACCUUAUAACCAACAGGAGGAUACUACAUGCUCUACUAUUACUGAGAGGGUAUCUAAAGAAUCUGCUCCUAGAAGGCAAACUCGUUCCUCAUCAAACAAACCAUUAUUUGGACAGUUUGUAAGUGGUCAUGAGCAAGGGAAAACAAAGAAAAGUUCAGUCCAGGCGAAAGAUGUCCCCAAGAAAAAUUACCUGGAUAUCUUGGAAAAAGACAACGUGUCAUCUUGUGGUUCCGCCGGCACAAAGCUGUCAUCUCCAGGGUCUUUGGGUUUGACUAAUGAAGCUGAUUCUAGAGAUCUGAAGACAAUAUCUUCAAAGGACACCAUGUCAACAGAGGACUUUCCUGACUGUCAUCUCAGAGAUUGCAGUGAACUAGACGAAGAUGUUGGUGAUUGUGAUGGUAAUUUUGUGAAGCGUCCUUUCUCCAGCAACAAAACAGCAGUGGCUGCCCUCAAGAAGAAAAGCAAGAGAGCAUUGGAUUUGAGAAAUGCAAAAAAUUCUGCUGGAUCAGCCGUGGACACAAUAGACAAUGUUCGACGGACCAGAUCAAGGAAGGCGCAAACAUAGUAACCAUCUAACUGAAGUUUUAGCUGACGUGUCUUAGACUUACAUAUGCUGAGUUCCGUAAUACCUUUUGUACAUCCGCUAGUGAGCACUUCAGGUGCAGCAAUGAUGGAAAAUCUUUGGUUUACAUACCAUCCGUGAAACCUUGUAAAUAGAGAAGUGGAUGGUGGAGUGAGUGUUCACGUAACUUAUCUGAUCAAAGUGAAACCGUGGAAGUUGAAAUGUCA